AUGACUAUGCUUUAUAGGUUGUACAAUGGUGUAAAUCUGGACUUUGGGGUGGUCAUAUGGCAACAACGUGUUCAGAGUUUAUACUCUUCUUCUCCCCAUUCUGUGAUUUCAUGUGGCAAGUACUGGUCAAUUAUCACAAAGUGGGCAAUGGAUCGCCUUCACGUUCCAAUCAUGGCGGACUCCCUUCUCUUAUCUAUCGCAACAUUUCACACAACAAAGAUUAUCGUCACAGAUCCUUCCAAGUUUUUCUUCAUUGGAUCGAUUCCAGAAGCUAUGUAUGCCUCUAAGGGGCAAACCCCAAAGAAGCAAAAGUCAGACGAAACUGCUCCUUCAAAGCCUAAGCAGAAGAAGCUCAAAAAUCCAGCCCGAAGACUUAUUCUUCAAUCCUCUAGUGAUUCAGAUUCUGAGUAUGUUCCUCCAGGCAACAAACCUCCUACUCCUACAGAAUCAGAGAGCGAAAGAUCUGACGAGGAGGCUUCGGAUCGUGGUGAUACUCCACCUAGAUCACCCACACCUGAGGUACCUGUUCGCUCCCCAGUUCCUUCUUCUCCACCUGCUUCUAUUCCAAUUUCCUUACCAACAACCUUCCCAGUUAUCACAUCCGAACCUACCUCUACCAUUCCUAUUCCCACUCCUCUCUUUUCUCAAGCAACCAAAACAACCACCACUAGAGAUCAAACCAACGUAUCUGAUACAGGGGUUCGGUCUUCAGUCCAAGAAACAACCAAACCAUUAUCUCCCACACCUUCAACCGAAACCAACACUGUCCUUGGUAUAGAAGACUUGGAAUUUGAUUCCUUCUACUACAACCCUUAUCGUGUUCAAAGUGAUGAAGAUGAUGAUGCUCCUCUUACCAAAAAGAGUUGCAAGGAGCUGAAUUCAAAACUUGACACUCUCAUGGCCUCUUCUUCCUCUCACAAUCCAAAUUCUAAAUCUGCUAUUCAGAAAAUGCUUGACUCCUUUGUCAAAGCACAUGAGGCUUCCAUUUCUCGUGCCAUAGAUGCUAUUACCGCUUCAACCAAAGGAGCAGCUGAGUUGAACGCUUCUAAAGUGACCAACUCAAUAACCAAGCUCGAAGAAGAAUUUGCCGCUGAGAAGAAAAUUUUUGUCAAUCUUCGCCAAGAUAUUCAAAAGGACAAUGUUGCUCUUUUUUCCUCUCUCAAUGAGCGUUUCACCAAGCUUCAAGAUGAUCUAGCCAUGGAGAACUCACUCAUGCAUGAGCUUGCUCGCAAGACCACUCAACUCAAGACCAAAAAUCUCCAACUUUCUCAGGCGAACAACGAGGCUAAUCAGCUUCGCUCUAAAAGGGAUGUCGUCAAAAGCUGCGAUGGUACCUCCGAAACAAGGGGAGAAGGACGCACAUCUUUGUUUCAACCUCCUCCCACUUCCCAGCCAGAACAACAAAAGACUGAGCAUGCUUCAGGUUCGGGUCCUAAGGAUAAAGGCAAGGGUCCAAUAGUGGAUGACAAUGAUGAGGAAGAGGAAACAAUCGCUGAUGCGUUGAAGCGGAAGGCGAGGGAAAGGGAAAUCGAUCUCAACGACAAAAUUGUAAAAGAAGCUGAAGAAAGAGAUGAUGGGUUUUGA